AUGGACAUGGUGAUCACAAAUAUACAACAGCAACGUCAAGUGACCGAACAGCUCCGACGCGAAGCCGCUAUCAAGCGCAUCACUGUCAGCAAAGCUGUCGAGGACAUAAUGAAAUACAUCACCGAGCACGAACAAGAGGAUUGCUUGCUUGUUGGGUUCUCCUCCCAGAAGUCAAACCCCUUCCGCGAGAAAAGUUCUUGUAUACUUCUAUAA